GUCAUCGGAUUCACUCCAUUUCCCCGUUUUCUUUGGCAUUUUCCUCUCGUCGACCAUGAAGAGCCUGGGCUGGUUUGUGUUCCUUUUCGGGCUAGUUCGGGGGUUCGCCGCCGCCGAGGAGCAGCUGCCCUGCGUUCCGCGCGACUUCGGCUUCGGUUCCGUGGCGUGCGUGUGCAACGCCACCUACUGCGACACACUCCCGCCCCCCGCCCUGCCCGCCGUCGGAGACGCGAUCGUGUUCACGUCGGACAUCGAGGGCGCCAGGUUCCUUCGGACGCAGCUCUCCUUCUCAGACAGUCAGAAUGACACGGGAGCUGACGUCGCCCGCUUCGCGCUGGAUUCGACGGCCUUCCAGACGGUGAUCGGUUGGGGAGGAGCCUUCACGGACGCCGCCGCCAGGAACAUCCUCGACCUGUCGCCGGACGCGCAGGACCGACUCCUCAGCUCCUACUUCUCGCCGUCGGGUCUCGAGUACAAUAUCGGGCGCGUGAACAUGGGCGGCUGCGACUUCUCGUGGCGCACUUACACCUACGUCGACGCGGAGGGGGACGUGGAGCUCAGCACCUUCGCCCUGCAGCCGGAGGACACGGACUACAAGAUUCCGGUGAUCAAGCGGGCCGAGGCGCUGGCCGGGCGGCCCCUGAAGCUGUUCGCGUCGCCGUGGACGGCGCCCAAGUGGAUGAAGACCAACAACGACUACGUGGGCUACGGCCAGCUGCGCCACGACAUGUACCAGCCCUGGGCAGACUACUUCGUCAGAUUCUUGGACGAAUAUGCAGCUCAGGGAAUCACCUACUGGGGCCUAACAGCACAAAACGAGCCAAUUGAUGGUAAUAUCCCCGGCUUCUUCUUCAACUGCAUGGGCUGGACGGCGGAGGAGCAGCGGAAGUGGGUGGCGGAGAACCUCGGUCCUACGCUGCUGCAACAUGGCUACGGGGACGUCAAGCUCAUGAUACUCGACGACCAGAGAUACGAACUCCCAGGCUGGGCUGAAGAUGUUCUGAACGACCCCGAGGCUGCCCAGUACGUGUCGGGCAUCGGCGUGCACUGGUACGGGGACCUGUACACAGUGCCAGAGCGCCUCACGCAGACCCACGACCUCUUCCCGGAUUACUUCAUCCUCGGCACCGAAGCCUGCGAGGGAGCUACCCCUCUCGAAGUCGACGUCGCCCUGGGCAAGUGGGAGCGCCUCGAGAGUUAUACCCACGACAUCAUUGUGGACAUGAACCACUGGGUCACGGGUUGGGUGGACUGGAAUCUGGCGCUGGACAUGCAAGGAGGACCCAACUGGGCCGAAAAUUUCGUCGACGCUCCCAUCAUUGUGAAUAAGGAAGCAGACGAGUUCUACAAGAACCCGAUGUUCUACGCGAUGGGCCACUUCUCCAAGUUCGUGAAGGAGGGGGCGACGAAGCUGGGCCUCACCUCCGAAGACCCGAAGAAGCUGGACGCCACCGCCUUCAGGAACCCCGACGGCUCCACAGCGGUCGUUAUCCUCAACAGAUCGGAUAAUGACAUCGAAGUAAUUCUAGAUGUUGAAGGUCGUGGAUCACUGAGGCUGGACGUAGCACAUAGGUCUCUCCACACGGCCUUGUUUGCAUAGGGAUCAUUGUGAUAAGACUUGGUUACUCUUGAUGAUCGAUUAUGGUUCAUUGUGAUAAAUGUAAAACGAAGCAAUUAAUGAGAAUGAAAAGAAUUUAGCAAUAUCUUGGUUUGUAGUACUGUGGUAUCCGUGUUUACUUGACAAGUGUAAUCUUUAUGGAUAAAGAUCACUGGGAUAAAUGUAUACGAAGUGGAAAUAUUAAACUUAUUAGUUAAAUGAUUGAAUAACAUCUUGCAUUCUUAUUCAUUCUCAUUCUUGUAGAGGAAAAUAAAAUGUAUAGCAUUCUUCAA